AUGGCAAGUGAGGUGCCAGAUAUUAAACCCGUAAUCUCUACCGUUGCUACCAUAAACGCCAAUCCAGAGGGAGAAAUGGACGCACUAUUGCUUGGCAGAACAAGGGAACUGGUAGUGAGUUCUCCAAGCGAAAGAAAUUGGAGAGGGAUAUUCAUAGCCUUACUAGUAAUCGUCGCUGUGUUAGGCCUAAUUGUCUUCAGUAUAGUCUUAGUUUCGCCGCCUGAAGAAGGGCCUAGGACAAAGGGGAUCAAACCGACGCUUGAAGAUAUUUUUAUAAAACUUCCACCGCCUGCCAGAUUCAAUGGAACUUGGAUAUCAGAUUCUGAAUUUAUUUAUAAAGACGAACAUGGAGGAGUUACGCUUUUCAAUGCAGAUAACUUGACGUCUACUACUAUUGUAACAAAUAUAACAAUUGUCCAAUUUGCAGUAGAAGACUUUAAAAUUUCGAACGACCUAAAGUAUAUUCUUCUUAUCAGUGAAAUUAAAAAAGUCUUUAAAUAUACUACAUUAGCAAAGUACCAAAUUUACGAAAUAGCAACAAGAUUAAGAAGACCUCUAUCUCACACCGAACUCGAUGAAAACGCACCGUUUUUACAAUACGCCACUUGGUCACCAGAUGGCAGCGCAAUUGCCUUCAUUUACAACAACGAUGUCUACUAUAAGCCCAAAGUUGAGAAGGACUUAGUCUGCAGGAUAACGUACUCUGGUCAAAAAGGAAUUAUAUUUAAUGGCGUCCCUGAUUGGUUGUAUGAAAAUUAUAUUUUAAAGAUUUCACACUCUUUAUGGUUCUCAACUGAUAAUACUUAUUUACUUUAUAUAACUUUUAAUGACAGUAAUGUUGGAGAGUAUAAAUACCCAUGGUAUGAUACGCAUAGUAGUCAACCGAUGCUGUAUCCGAAGAUUAAGUCUUUUAGAUAUCCAAGGGUCGAAACUUCCAAUCCAGAAGUUUCAGUGUGGAUAGUAAAUUUAACCACUCCAAAAUAUUUAUUUCCUUUGAAACUAAAACCGACAAAUAGUGUAGAAUCGGACAGCUACGUUACGAGUGUCAGUUUUCAUAGCGAGAACAACGUUGGAAUCGUUUGGUUGAAUCGAGCCCAAAACACUUAUGUUAUAGUUACGUGCCAACUACAAAAUGGAUACAAUUGUACAAACUUCCACAUCGAAAAAGAGCAUAUAGGCUGGACCGAACCGAUCUUUCAUCCAGUUUUUAAUAAAAAUGGCACUAAGGUGAUAGUCCGUCUUCCAGUUAAAGAUGGCGAAAAUGGGCAUUUCAUGCAUGCCUGCGAGAUCUUCAAUAAUCACGUACGGCCUCUUACUCAUGGAGCAUUUGAGCUAACAAGGAUAAUAGCAUGGGAUGAGGAGAAUUCAAAUAUAUAUGCAUUAGGAACAAUAGAUAAUUCUCCCGGAGUCCGCCAUCUUAUCCGAAUAACAGACCACAAUUCACCUCAAUGGACAUGCAUGACCUGCAGACCAGAAAUCGACUCAAACUCCACCUUGUCUGACGUUCAAAACGAAACAACAAUAAACAACAGUCUAUGGUUAGACUAUCCCUGUGAUUAUAACAACGUAAUAUUCAGCAAAAAUUAUAAGUACUAUAUUCAAGAGUGCCUUGGACCGGAAAUACCGAUUGUGCUCUUGGUGAAGACGUCAUCGAACACGCGCAGAGCCAUUUUGGAUAUGAGUUUCAAACUCCGAAAAAAAGUUCGAAGAUUGGCUCCUCCACAAACGAAAACCAUUUCUGUGGAAAUUGAGUAUGGAUUUAAGGCUCAAGUUAGAUUGUAUCUACCUGGAAUCCUUCGGGAAUAUGAAGAUGUGACUUUCCCCAUAGUUUUAUUAGUUGACGCCGCACCGUCUUCCCAAACCGUAUCUUCCAAAUGGGAACUCUCCUGGCCAUGGUACUUGGCUAGUACCAGAAACUACAUAGUCGCUCAGAUCGAUGCCAGAGGCUCGGGAUAUCAGGGUAUAAAAAUGCGAAGAGAAAUCCAACGCAGAAUCGGUCUCAUAGAAGUACAAGAUCAGUUAGCCGUCUUGACCUAUCUCAGGGACACUUUCAAAUUUAUCGAUAGAAGCAAAAUUUGCGUUAUCGGAAAGGGAUACGGAGGUUAUGUUGCAGCCAUGUUGAUGCUGCAGGAUUUUCAUCAAGUUAUCAAUUGUUCUGUUAGUGUAGCUCCGAUUACGAAUUGGAGAUAUUUUAAUUCUUAUUACGCUGAAAAAUAUCUGGGCUUCCCCUCACGACAUUUACAGGAAUACGACAAUGCAGACUUAACUUUGAAGGCGUCAAAUUUAAAUGGACGCAACUUUUUGUUAAUUCACGGGACAGCUGAUACGGAAAUUACGUUGCAACAUUCUCUGAUGCUCGCCAAAGCUUUGAUAGAACAAAAUAUACUAUUCCAACAACUGGAAUAUCCUGAUGAAGGGCAUAAUUUCAGAAACAAAGCGUUACUUCACAUGUACAAAGAAAUCGAUCUAUUCUUCAACGAUUCUUUCGGACCUAGUUAUCAAGAUUGGAGCGACGAAACUUCCUUUUUUAUAUAA